AUGGCGGUAAACCAAAACUUCGCAGCCUGGUUACCGGGCGUUGGGAAGCAGAUCGAGAUCGGCCAUGCCGACAUUUCAGAACCUGGCCCAGGGGAGCUCCUCGUUGAGCAGGUCAAAGCAGUCGCUGUCCAGCCAGCAGAAUACAAGAUUUAA